UAUAAAUUUGUAAUCAAAAUAUGGUUGUUUAAGACUGUUCAAAAUCUGUUAGCUUGUUUGAUAUUUAUAUAAUAAUCACUUUGUUGCACAGCCACCAAGUGUAGUGAUGCCAAAUUCGUUGACCAUUUUCAUAUCUGUGUAACUGUAGCGAGGCAAAAUGUCUACCGAAAGCCUGAAUAGCUUAAGCGACAUUGACCUACAAAGGAAGCUAAUUCAGAACGGUUUUCCCAACACCCCGGUGACCGAGACAACGCGUUCGGUUCUAAUUCAGAAGUUGAAAAAGCAUCUCAGAGCCGAUAAGCUAAGAAAGCGCAGCAACAAUUACGUGCUGUACUCCAAGGAGCAAUCAGACUCUCCCAUCUACCAGUACCCACAACGCCCGACGGGCUAUACCAAUGGCAAUGGCAUAGACAACAAUAACGAUGUUGAUCUCAGCAGGAGUCCCUCAGCCUUCAGUCGCAGCUUCGAAGAGUGUGACUCGAGCCCUCUGCAUCUGUCUGCUUCCAAGAUGUACGCACCGCCGCCGGUAGUAGCCUCGAAUUACGACGGAGACUGCUCGCCGUCUCUCAGCCUGGGAGGCAUGAACGGCAAAUACCGGCAGCAGCCCUGCUCCCUGCCGUACUCCAUAGACUCGUCGAAUAAUUACGGCAAACCGAGCCCCAAGGUGAAGAUGUCGGACGGAGGCGUUGUAAACAGACUGCUCAGCUUUCGAGACACCACGAUCCAGAGAAAAUUCAACACGAAAGUACCAUUCACAACGCAGGCAUCGAGAGUGCCUCAAAGGACCGAAAGGUUCCCCCGCUUAUCCUGGGCGGGCCUCAAAAACUUCUUUAAGAACCCGGACAUCCGACCAUAUGUAAUACCACAAGUGCUUAUCUUACUCUUUUUAAUCUUCCUGACAAUAAUCACAGUCCUGUAUGUGGGAAAGCGGUUUGAACACAGUCCCAUUGACAAAACUGUGCUGAAAUAUACAUUAUGUAAUCCCAAUGAUUUGCAACUGGUCACAGAGCAAAUCACCUGCAUAGAAAAGGAUGUCCUUACGAGUGCCCUAGACUUGAGUGACCAGAUCUUCAAGCAGCUGAACGAGAGAGCCAGGCUUCAUCACUGCAAGGACUCCAGCCUGUCACCCAAUUUGGAUGUUAAUGAGUUUGUAAGGGAUCUGGUCGUCGGCAACCCAACGACCCACCGGGGAACUAUACACACUAAUAUGAUGGCCACCAAAUACCUUAUUGUCGAAAAUCCGCAGUGGAUGAUACAAAUGGUUCAGUCCUCGAAGAACGCUGCUCACUUCGAGCUCUCUGAACCCAAUUUGCCACUCAAGUGCGUUGUCAUGAAAAAAAUGACUCGUUUCUUCACGAUGAUCGGUACGCUUAUUCUAGUGGCAGUGGGAUGCCUCGUCAUCUACUUUGCUGUUUUCCUGUACCGCGUUAAACAGAAGGAAGCCUUGCAGGCAGUUGACCAAUUCACAAAGGACAUAAUUAACGAAUUGAUUUAUCAGAGUUCGCAGAACGAGAGUCCCGAGGUGAUCAUAAACCAGAUGCAGGAGAAGUUUGUGCCAGCUAAGAAUCGCUCAAAGCACCUGUCUGCUUGGAACAAGGCGCUCAAGGCUCUGGAGAAAAACGAUAGCCGCGUACUGUUCGGUAUGGUUAAUCGGGACGGCAAGGCGCUACGCACCAUGGCCUGGAACAGGAACCUAGACAAGAAGGAAUUGGGUGUGGUCAAGAAGUGGCAGAGCCCCGCAUUCGACAACUCCAACAAGAUAGCAAAUCCACCAACGCCCUGCUUAAAGAUAAGACACAUGUUUGAUGCCUCGGAAGUCGAUCAGGCUAACCUGAAGCAGUCCAUCGUGGAGUCCAUCAUCGAGAAGGUGGGCCCACGCUGCAAGAUCUGUGAUGUGCAACUGGACACCCAGUCCUGCUGGGUCUACAUUCGGUGCGCCACAGAAGAGGACGCCGGUAUGAUACACAACGAGAUCAAUGGCUGGUGGUUCGACAAGCGCCUGAUUUCGAUUAAAUUCCUAAGACUUGAACGCUAUCUAAGCCGUUUCCCCAAGCCCUCGGCCGAGCCUUUGCUUUACUUUCACCCAGGCGAGAUGUCCAGCAACAACACUCACUCAUAAAAUACACAAAACUCUACACCUAGAUACUUAAGUUAUUAAAUGCGAAUUUGUUUUUACAUGUA